GAAAAUUAUAAGACCAAACGCAGAGAUUCUGAUCUCCAAUCAAAGCAAAAAGUUUUUAAUUAUAUAAUGGAUGGAAAUUGUAAACACCACAUUGAAGAAAUACUGAAAUGUAGGAAAUCUUCAUCAAGGAUGAAGAAAUUUCAAGCAGGCAGAGGAAAUGUUCGGGAAUACAGAAAUUGGUUACUUCUUCAUUUUUUCCCAUAUUUCAAAAGUAAAGAAAAACAAGAUGAUGUAACACGUUAUCUAAGAGGUGUUUUAUAUGAAUUUCAGAGAAGAAACGAUUUCAAAUUACCAAUAUCGAGAAUGACUCGACUUGUACAAGAUGUGUUAUAUUCAGAGGCAAUAAUUCAUUCAAUAUCCAAGGUUGAAAAAGUUUCCACUAAUGAUGCAGAAACUAUUUACAAAAAAUAUUCCUGAUCCUUGGAUUUAUGAUUAGUGUUGAGACACCAUUGAUCAACUCAACUGUACUGAACUUUAUAUGGAUCUGAUCGUGAUAUAAUUGUAUAUUAUGUUGAUUUAUAUUUCGAUAAUGUAUGGUUUUGUAACUUAUGUAUCGUGAUUAGAAAUUAAUACCAUGAGAUUUUGGGAUUUUUGCACCAUCUGGACUUAUCACUGUAAAUCGGUAAGGAAUACAGUAAUGCAAUCAGUAUGUUGAGCCAUGCCAGUUCGGUUGGAAUACUUUUUAUCGUGAUUCCAUUCCGACCGCCAUCAGGUGGGGACACGGCUAAUUCGAGCCAAAGAUUUUUGUUCGAGAAGUAAAUAAAAGACUCAGUGACAUCAAGAAAACAAACAACGGAUUACAGAAAUAGCAAAUUGUUGACUGUGGGACUAAGAACGUACAACAAAGAGGUUCAGGAAGGGAGAUUUUCAACUUCUGCAUGCAAGUCUGAAGAUUAGUUCACACAAGAUUAAGCUUGCUGAAUCGAGGUCGAAUCUAUCUAUCUAUGAUAAUGAAUGUAAUUGUUAUUGUGGGCAUUAAGAAUCAUUAACUAAUUCGGAAAAAAAUAAUGAGAAUUCCAUUUACCGCUAGGAUUUCUUGAACAAAAGUAAAAACAGACAGUAUUGUUUCUAUUUAUGAUGCCAUGGAUGGGAAUGCAGUGAUGCAGACAACAUGCUUUUCUUCAUUUACAUCAAUUAUUUUAUCGUCUAUUAUGUGGAUUAUGGAAUCUAAAUAAACUUGUAUUGUGGUA